AUGGUACACGAAAACGCCGCCGUAUCGGAGACUCAUCAGCAGAACGGCGCUGCGUCGCCGGGAUUCAAGCUCGUCGGAUAUUCAAAGUUCGUGAGGAAGAAUCCAAAAUCCGAUAAAUUCAAAGUGAAGCGUUUCCACCACAUCGAGUUCUGGUGCGGCGACGCCACCAAUGUUGCUCGUCGCUUCUCAUGGGGUCUCGGUAUGCGAUUCACCGCAAAAUCCGAUCUCUCCACCGGAAACAUGGUUCACGCCUCUUACCUACUAACCUCCGGCGACCUCCGAUUCCUUUUCACCGCACCGUAUUCUCCGUCUCUCUCCGCCGGAGAAUCUCGACCGAUCGCUACAUCUCCAAUCCCAACCUUCGAUCACGUCUCUUGCCGCUCCUUCUUCUCUUCCCAUGGACUCGGCGUAAGAGCCGUCGCGGUUGAAGUCGAAGACGCAGAGUCAGCUUUCUCUAUCAGUGUCGCAAACGGCGCAAUUCCUUCGUCGCCUCCGAUUCUCCUCGACGAAUCCGUUACGAUCGCUGAGGUUAAACUAUACGGCGAUGUUGUACUCCGAUAUGUUAGUCAUAAAGGAGAAGUCAACACCGAUUUCUUGCCUGGAUUUGAGCUGGUGGAAGAUACGUCGUCGUUUCCAUUAGAUUACGGUAUACGUCGGCUUGAUCACGCCGUGGGAAACGUUCCCGAGCUUGGUCCGGCGUUGACUUACAUUGCAGGAUUCACUGGUUUUCACCAAUUCGCAGAGUUUACAGCAGACGAUAUUGGAACAGCUGAGAGUGGUUUAAACUCUGCGGUUUUAGCUAGCAAUGACGAAAUGGUUCUUCUACCGAUAAACGAGCCAGUGCACGGUACGAAAAGGAAGAGUCAGAUUCAGACUUAUCUUGAACAUAACGAAGGUGCAGGGCUACAACAUUUGGCUCUGAUGAGUGAAGACAUAUUCAGGACUCUGAGAGAGAUGCGUAAGAGAAGCAGUGUUGGAGGAUUCGAUUUUAUGCCUUCUCCUCCGCCUACUUAUUACCGGAAUCUGAAGAAUCGGGUUGGAGAUGUGCUCAGCGAUGAAAAGAUCAAGGAGUGUGAGGAAUUGGGGAUUCUUGUUGACAGAGAUGAUCAAGGGACAUUGCUUCAAAUCUUCACAAAACCUCUUGGUGACAGGCCGACGAUAUUUAUAGAGAUAAUACAGAGAAUAGGAUGCAUGGUGAAAGAUGAAGAAGGGAAGGUUUACCAGAGUGGAGGAUGUGGUGGUUUUGGUAAAGGCAACUUCUCUGAGCUCUUCAAGUCCAUUGAAGAGUACGAGAAGACUCUUGAAGCUAAACAGCUUGUGGGAUGA